AGGUGUCGUAGUAUUGAGUAGUGUAUCCUUUCGCGAAAGUUCACUUGAUGCUUUUGGCUGUAUUGCCAUCCAGUAUGGCGAUCAUACGACUACCCUGUUAAUAAAACUGUGAAUUAGCUCUGUCGAAAGAAACCUUGACGUCUGGUGCGUCGCAAGAUUAGAUAAGGGCGUGCUAGUCUUCCGGUUCCGUUGGGUUUGUAAUGGCGGCAGAUGUAGGUGUUAUGAGUAAACCAAGGUUUAUUGUUUUGGGAGGGUGUGGAUUCAUAGGGAGGAAUUUUGUGCAAUACCUCAUAGAAAAUGACAUAGCUUCAGAAAUAAGAGUAGUUGACAAGGUUCCACCACAAACAGCCUGGCUGAAUCCAAAGCACCAGAAGACCUUUGAUGAUCCACGUGUCGUUUUUCGGAGUGCCAACCUGAUUAAUUCCGGUUCUUGCGAGGCUGCCUUUGCACCCAACGGAGACAGUCCAUUCGACUACGCCGUCAAUUGUGCCUGCGAGACCAAACCCGGCCAGACCGACCCUGUGUAUAAAGAAGGAAUCUUGAAAUUGAGUAUUAAUUGUGCCAAUGAAGCAGCAAAACAGGGCGUCAAGAGGUUCAUUGAGCUUUCAGAUGGCCACAUGUGCUCAUCUGACAAGGCACCUUUCAAGGAGGAUGGGAAGCCAGAACCCUGGACGUACGUGGCUAAGUGGAAGUGCCAAGUGGAAGAGGAGUUGAAGAACGUGCCCGAUCUAAAGUACACCGUGGUGCGCCCCGGCAUCGUGUACGGGCUCGGCGAUCGCCACGGCCUCGCUCCGAGGCUGGUCAUCGGUGCCGUAUACAGGCACCUCGGAGAGAUGAUGAAACUGCUGUGGGGUCGUGACCUACGCAUGAAUACAGUCCACGUGGAAGACGUUUGCCGCGCGAUAUUGCACUUGGCACAACGCGAUGACACUGUCGGACAGGUUUACCAUGUCGUCGAUUCGGGAGAUACGACGCAAGGAGAUAUCAGCUCCGUUGUGUCAGACCUCUUUGACAUCAAUCACGAUUACUGGGGCAAUACUCUGUCCAGCAUCUGCAAGUUGUUCCAGGCGGACAUGUCCAGUGUGGUGGAGGAGGUGAACGACAAGCACAUGGGCCCGUGGGCCGAGGCUUGUGCCCGGGACGGUGUGGAGAACACUCCUCUGACGCCGUACAUUGACCAGGAGCUGUUGUACAACAAGCACCUCUACCUGGACAACAGCAAGCUGCUCAGCACAGGCUUCGAACUAUCUGUGCCGAGGCUGUCAAAAGAUAAGCUGAAAGAGAUCCUUACAGACUACUCGUCAAUGAAGCUGUUCCCGCACUCCCUGAUUUUGUGAUGCCGCAGUCUGUCACGAGUGCUGUGCUGUUCUCCGCUCCUCACCUGCUAGCCCAGCCUGCGAUGUGGAUUCGGGACGGUCACUGUAGUCCCUCCCGCUCCAGAGAAGCCGAGCGGCGAUAUACCGAGAGUCACGGCGGUGCCGAAGUGCGAACCCUUUCUCGGCUCCCGUUCAAUUUUUUCCCCCGUCCCUGCUACAGCUUCCUUGUCGGAGCUGUGGGUACCGGACCCGCGAAUUCUACCCCCGCGGUCCCCCUGUGCUAGCUCGAUGAAUGUUUCGCUUCUGAGAGGGCUUCUCCUAUAGCUGUGCUGGCUGCCUUACUGACUUCGGUUUAGUUUUACCAUUGUGAAUUCUAGUGGAGAAAAAAAUUGUUAUACCUGUGAACAUAAUGUGAUUAUGUGGUGCUUAUCUGCGAGAUUAGUACAAGGCUACAAAUUACUAGUCCCCCACCCCUCCCACUAUGUUGUGUUGCAUUGAAAAACAGUGCUAAAGUCGUGUUUCUGCGCUGUUGCAGUAAGUUUAAACUUUUGUUUUUACGUGCCCCUGUUAAAGGCGUAACAAUAAAAUCUUUCAUUCCCACCAGCUGAGUCUGUAUCUUUCUAAGAAUUGUUCCACAGGUGGUUCCCAAAGGUUAAAUUGACAAAUCACCCCAGAUCUCUUAAAAGUAAGAAUAAUAUAAUGUUAUAUUCUUAAUAUACAAAUGCGUAUGUAUUGUAAACAUUGUUUGGUGAUACUUAAGAUGUUGUUUGCAUAAUGUGACUGUUAUGUAAUUGUAAACACAUUUAUUUCUUGCAAGUGAAGGAAAGACUGGAAGAAUGGAACGAUCCGCAAGUGUUCUAUAGCUUUUUGCUUUGUCACUUUUUUUGGUAGUAGGUAAGAUGAAUGACUACUUGUUUCCCAUGCAGGCCUUUAGAUUUUUUUGGAAAUGGUUGCUUUUCUGGAAAUUUUCAUUUGGAACAGUUUACUAUUUUGAUCUGUGAGUUACAUAUGUAUGAAUACCAGUGGUACAGUGUGUUCUUUCCAUUCAUGUAGAAGUAACACCAAUUUGUACUUCACGUGUACUUAGUUUCAGGCUGUACUUAACUUCCAGCCGUGCAAAGGCUUUGGGAAUGGCGAUAACGAGUAUUAGUACAGCAAAAAAUAUGUAAUAUUUUCUUUCUUGACCAAAGAAAAGAAAAUGUUUCGUAUUCUCUGUGGACAAAAAUGUAUCCACUUGCUAAACUCUUUUGUUUUUUUGACCAUUUUAUAUAAUACUUUGUGUGCUGCAAUAAUGAUUUGUAGUAUGGCUUGAUGAAAAGAGAUUUGAUCCUUUUAGAAAUUUAUGGAAUUGGAUUUGAACUUUUUUGUGCAAUUUUGUAGUUCUUUAUAGAGCUCUAAGAGAGCAGUCGACUUGCCUCGCCGAGGUCGUGUGUGGGAUCAUGUAACUGUUUUUGUACAUUUCUGGAGACUUGGAAGUUCUCCUUCAGAAAUUCUUUCACAGCUGUGCAAUAUGAGUAGCAUUCAAAUUUUGAAGAUCUUACAAGAAUACAGAGGCUGUGAGUUUUGUGUAACCUUUUAUGCCUUUCUUUCCUCUGUAGGUCAGAAACAGUCAAAAAAGAUUAACUAGUCAAAGAAAAACUAAACAUUCCAUUGAAGCUCUGUAUUAUGGAGUAAGUCAUAAUUUUAUUCACUUGUCUUAAGUUAUUUGAAGAUCAGUUACUACUGUUGUUUGUAAUUUGUAGAACUAACCUAUUUACACUGAGCAAGAGGUGUAGAAAACACUGGAGCAUGUUGUUGAAGGUGUCUGUUGGUUUACCUUGCUGCCUGUUAUCAGGCUUCAUUGGAGGUACAUCAAUGGGAAGUCAUUGGUUGAAUGUGAGUAAUGGUAACAGCUCUGUUGAGGCGUAGAGUCGCCAAUAGGCUAAUAAACAUUCUCUUUCUUGUUUCUGUUUGUAUCAAUGACUCGUCUAUUUGUUGAAUUUUUAACUUUACUCUUCAUUAUUUAGAGUUAACUGUAGAUGUCAUAUGAUUUAUUUGCUAAUUACUUCAUACCUAUUGAGUAUCCUUAAUCACAUUUUGAAAGUUUUCAUUCAGCGUUUUAUUCAAAUUUUCAUCUCACUUGACUUUCUGUAGAGCUGAAGAGAGUUUCUUUUUUGCCACCUGUUUCCCCACUCUUCCUGGUUUCAUAAUUUGCUGAUCUACACCUACAUUCUUAUGCACCAUACUACUUAAUCAUUUGUCGAGUAAAGAUUACAUAGCCCGAUUUCUUAAAACGAGAGCACAGUCAGAUGUCUGCCGUGAUCUGGUGUGUGGGCCACGAGAGUUCUUUUGUAGUAUCUGCCACUGGAGUUAAUUGAGCAUUUCGUCUAUGCUCUACCACUGAGUUAAUAAACCUGUGACAGAACAUGCAUUAAUUUUAUUUAUUUUUUAAAUCCUACCUGGUAAGGACCAAAAACUGACAAGGAAUACUUAAAAACUAGAGAGGAUUGAAGUUUUGUCAACUACAUUAUUUGUGGUUUGAUUGCACUUCCAUCAGAUUAAAAUCAGCCUGGUAUCCGCUUUUCCUACAGUCAGUUUGUGUUAUUAGUUCAUGUGUAAUAAUUGAUCAUAGUGGAUGACCCUACAGAGGUAGUGUUGAUACGAAUGUUGAUUAUAUAUUGCACCCUAACAGCUUUGGCAAAUGAAUGAUUUAAUUUGAAUCACUUUGAUAUAGUGUGAAAGUUUCAGACACCUUCAUUGCUAUGCUUCAGAAUUAUCAUAUUUAUAACGGUAAUAAUUUUAUUAUUAUUGAAGUGCGCAUUAUUUUUAUUUUAAUAUUGUCUUGAGCAAUGAUAAUUAAGGGUAUGUUUUGUUUGAUAGUAACUCCUGAUAAAGUGAUUAGCAAUUCGCUAAAUUUUCCACUAGAAGUGCCGAUAUAUUGCCUGCUUGUUUUUGUAACGUGGCUGUAUUUCUUUCUAAAGAGAGAACAAAAAUAAUAUCAAAUUUGCACUGUUCUGAAAUUUGUUCUUGAAGCAGGAACCUUAUGGAACUGUAAGAAAAUAUAUGCAUAUAUUUUUAAAGAUAUAUCUGCAGUUGAAUGCUUGGAAUGCUGAAAUGUAUGCUAUGUGGCUCAUCUCUUUUAUUAUGAAUUUACACUGUUAAUACCAUGCUGAAUGAGGAAGCUAGCUGCAAAUGUACUUAAGAGAGCAAUAUUACAUUUAUAGAUCUCUAGGUGUCAUUGUGGUGCAGGGUUCUUUUCUAACUCAAUAUAAUAGUAUUAUAUUAUAAAUCAGUAUUUGAUACAAUAUUGUAAUGAAUUUAUAUAUCAUGAACAACUAUGUAUAAGGGUAACCAUGUAAGUUGGAUCUUUUGUGAUUUUCACGCAUGCAAUAAAAAAUGUUUGCAGUUUCUCAAAUAA